AUGGCGGCGGCAGCGGCGGGGGACUCCGACUCCUGGGACGCGGACACGUUCUCCGUGGAAGACCCGGUGCGGAAGGUGGGGGGCGGCGGCACCGCCGGCGGGGACCGCUGGGAAGGCGAGGACGAGGACGAGGACGUGGACGUCAAGAGUGGAUUGCUGACAGUUGUGGUUUCUCUGCAGGUGCUGGGAGUGACACCAGGCCUCAUGAGAGGAAGGGACAAACUACAGAUCACUGUCACCCCAACCCCGGAGUCAUUUCCUCAUGGGAAAUUGUUACCGAUUUCACCAACAUGGCCUUUGUCCGAAGUCCAGUCUUCCUCAGCGGUGGACAGAAUGAAGCCAGUGCCGGGACGGUCCCCUGACAACACGAGCUGGCCGCAGUUUUCCCAGACGCCUCUGCCCAAGACACACCGUCAAGCUCAGGCCCACGGGGACUUCUCUCCUUCCCCUUACCAAGGCAGUGGACAUAGCGCCUCCCUCGAGCCUUCCAAGGAUUCUCCUGAGGCCCUGGUCCAACCAAGACCUCCAGGGGGAAAAGAAGCAGCCGCCGUGUCAGUGGCCUCCUCGGUGUCGCCCAAGGCACAACCAACAGCAGCAACCAUGUUGUUUCUUCGGAAAUCAAGUCCACUGGUGCUGUCUGCAGCCCUGGUGGCUAAGGGCACCGGCAGCAGCCCUUCAGCCGUGGCCUCGGGAUUAGUCAAGAGCAGCUGGACCACUGCUGUAGCUAAAAACGUCACAAGCAACGCAGCAUCUGGCCCAAAGGCGACACCAGGGGCAGCCCAUCCAGCCUUCUCGUUCACGCCGACCUACAUGUUUGCAAGAACAGCACACACCAUGAGCACUCCCACGGCCACGCAAGGGAACACGGGCACUGCCUCUGGCCUGUUGUCCACAACACACCUCCCCAGGAAACCACAAGCCAUGUACACGGGCUUCCUGAACCCCACCAACCCAGACAUGCCCAAGGUGUCCACCGCACGCCCGCUGACAAUCACGGCAGCCUUGACGUCCAUCACUGCACCAAUAAGGGCCACCCGGAUGCCGCCUUUGUCAGCAGAAAACACAGACGCUGCUCUUCCCGCUGUGUCCACGGCCAUGGUCACAACUGGCAAAAUGGCAUCCAACCUGGAGUGUCAGAUGUCCAGUAAGCUCUUGGUGAAGACAGUUCUCUUUCUGACCCAAAGGAGGGUGCAGAUCAGUGAAACCUUGAAGCUUAAUGUAGCCAGAGGGCUCACACAGGCAUUGCGGAAGGCAUUCCACCGGAAUGACGUCUUGGCUCAUGUGGACAUUCUGGAACAUUCUCACAACGUCACUGUUGGUUAUUAUGCUACCAAAGGGAGGCUGGUCUACUUGCCUGCUGCAGUGAUUGAAACGCUGGGCAUUUAUGGGAUCAGCAAUGUCACUGCAGAUCUGAAGCAACACACCCCAACCUUGCAGUCUGUGGCAGUACUUGCGUCCCCGUGGACUCCCCAGCCUGCAGGCUACUUGCAGCUGAAAACAGUGCUACAGUUUGUGAGCCAGUCCGACAACAUACAGUCCUGCAAGUUUGCUCAGACGAUGGAACAGAGACUACAGAGGGCCUUCCAGGAUGCCGAGAGGAAAGUUCUGAAUACUAAAAGCAACCUGACGAUUCAGAUGGUGAGCACGUCCAACGCCUCCCAGACCGUCACCUUGGUGUACGUGGUGGGCAAUCGAAGCUCCUUCCUCAACGGCACCGUGGCCAGCAGCCUCCUCCGCCAGCUCUCCGCUGAGCUGGUGGGGUUCUACCUCACCUACCCGCCGCUCGCUAUCGCCGAACCGCUGGAAUACCCCAACCUUGAUAUAUCAGAAACAACCAGAGACUACUGGGUAAUUACAGUGCUGCAGGGCGUGGACAGUUCCCUGGUGGGCCUGCACAACCAAAGCUUCGCCCGGGUCAUGGAGCAGCGCCUGGCCCAGCUGUUCAUGAUGUCCCAGCAACAAGGCCGGCGGUUUAAACGGGCCACCACCCUGGGAAGCUACACCGUGCAGAUGGUAAAGAUGCAGCGGGUGCCAGGACCCAAGGACCCCGCGGAGCUGACUUACUACACCCUGUACAAUGGGAAGCCUUUGCUGGGGACUGCAGCUGCCAAGAUCCUGAGCACCAUUGACUCCCAAAGGAUGGCCUUGACCCUGCAUCACGUUGUCCUUCUGCAAGCUGACCCCGUGGUGAAGAACCCGCCCAACAACCUGUGGAUCAUCGCCGCGGUGCUGGCGCCCAUUGCCGUGGUCACGGUCAUCAUUAUCAUCAUCACUGCCGUGCUCUGCCGGAAGAACAAGAACGACUUCAAGCCAGACACUGUGAUGAACCUGCCACAGAGAGCAAAGCCUGUGCAGGGCUUUGAUUAUGCCAAGCAGCACCUGGGCCAGCAAGGGGCGGACGAAGAGGUCAUCCCCGUGACUCAGGAAACGGUGGUCCUCCCACUGCCCGUUAGAGAUGCUCUUGCCUCUCAGGAAAGGGAAGCCCCUCAGGAUGGAAGCACUAUCAAGACGGCCAAAUCCAUCGAAACCAGAAAGAGCAGGUCGCCCAGUGAGAAUGGCUCUGUCAUCAGCAACGAAUCAGGGAAGCCCAGCUCGGGGAGGCGCUCACCCCAGAAUGUAAUGGCACAGCAGAAAGUGACAAAGGAGGAGGCAUGGAAGAGAAAUGUGCCAGCGAGUGAUGAAGAGGAAGGAGCGGUCCUCUUUGACAGCUCUGGCAAGGCGGUUGCUGAUCCCUUUGACACGUCUUCUGGGUCUGUGCAGCUCAUCGGAAUAAAACCCACAGCCCUCCCCGUGGUGCACCCCACCUCGGACAGGAGCCAGGAGCCGGUCGUCCUCAACGGCGAGGUGAACAAAGCCCUGAAGCAGAAGUCAGACAUCGAGCACUAUCGGAACAAGCUGCGCCUCAAAGCCAAGAGGAAGGGAUACUACGACUUCCCUCCGGUGGAGGCGAGCAAGGCUCAGAUGGAAAGAAAGAAGAUGUAUGAAAAAGCCCCAAAGGACAUCGAGCACGUUUUGGAUCCAGACCCAGAAAUGUGUGCCCCAUUCACUGAGGCUAAAAACAGGCAACAGAUGAAGAACUCUGUCUACCGGAGUCGGCAAUCUCUGAACAGCCCGAGUCCGGGGGAAACGGAGAUGGACCUUCUGGUGACUCGGGAGCGACCUCGGCGUGGAAUCCGUAACAGCGGAUACGACACUGAGCCUGAAAUCAUAGAGGAAACCAAUAUCGACAGAGUGAAUGAGCCCCGGGGCUACGCCCGGUCGAGGCAGGUGAAAGGCCACUCGGAGACCUCCACGCUGAGCUCGCAGCCCUCCAUCGACGAGGUCCGGCAACAGAUGCACAUGCUGCUGGAGGAGGCCUUCAGCCUGGCAUCCGCAGGACACGCAGGCCAGAGCCGGCACCCAGAGGCCUAUGGCUCCGCCCAGCACCUACCCUACUCCGAGGUGGUGACCAGCGCUCCUGGGACCAUGACGCGGCCCCGGGCUGGAGUGCAGUGGGUGCCGACCUACCGCCCAGAAAUGUACCAGUACAGUCUGCCCCGGCCGGCCUACAGGUUUUCCCAGCUUCCUGAAAUGGUCAUGGGCUCUCCCCCUCCACCUGUGCCUCCGCGGACUGGCCCAGUGGCUGUCGCUUCUCUCAGGCGGUCCACCUCGGAUGUUGGGAGCAAGACCAGGAUGGCCGAGUCCGCGGGGCCUGAGCCCGCCCAGCUGCACGACAGCGCCUCCUUCGCGCAGGUGUCCCGAGGCCCUGUGUCUGUGACGCAGUUGGAUCAGUCGGCUUUAAAUUACUCAGGUAAUACGGUGCCGGCAGUGUUCGCCAUCCCAGCUGCCAACAGACCCGGCUUCACUGGCUACUUCAUCCCGACGCCUCCCUCGUCCUACAGGAGCCAGGCCUGGAUGUCUUACGCAGGAGAGAAUGAGCUCCCAAGCCAGUGGGCUGAUUCGGUCCCUCUCCCGGGGUACAUCGAGGCUUACCCCCGGUCCCGGUAUCAGCAGAACUCGCCCUCCAGGCUCCCUCGCCAGUACAGCCAGCCAGCUGGGCUGCACCCCAGCUUGGAGCAGGCCCCGGUGCCCUCCGCAGCAGCCUCACAGCAGAGCCUGGCGGAGAACGACCCGUCCGACACGCCCCUGACCAACAUCUCCACAGCGGCCCUGGUGAAGGCCAUCCGGGAAGAGGUGGCCAAACUGGCCAAGAAGCAGACGGACAUGUUUGAGUUCCAGGUCUAAUGCCUUUUCCCACUUCCAGACUCUGAGGAAACAGUCUUUGGGUUUCUCCAGCCUGGCUUGAUGGGUCUGGAGGCACAGAAAAUGUGGGAGUCUUUCUCACCCUCAGUUUCUAAAAAAGGUGAACAGUGGGGCUUCUGGGGAACAGGAAACUCUUGAACAACUGGAUGCUUGGCUUAUUCAACUGAUUGUAUGUCAACAAGUCCCCAUGUGGGACCAUAUGUUUGAUACUCUGUUACAUUAACUGUUUGAACUGCGGGUGUAUUUCCCUAUGGAGCCUUAGUCACGAGAGAUGCUCGCUAAUCUGCAAAUUCCUGUCCAAUGCCAUAUUUUAAUAAAUCACCAGAAUGGGGAGAGCAUAGCUCUAUCUUCGGUGACCUCUGCAUGUUAACUCUAUUUCUGUGUUAAAGGCAAUGCAGGCGUGCGAUGAAGUCCCAGACUGUACUCUCUCUCAUUCAACCAUGACUGUAAUCGUUGCAAUCACCUCCCGUCUCCAAGGGAGACACUGACUCCAGCCAAGAAAGCUGAGUCCUUUCCUUUUAAAGGUUCAUAUUCAAAGUCAAAUAAAUUGGAUGAAAAUCAGUACUGUCAAUGACUGCACCUAUGAAUAGUCCUGACUCUUUUCCCUCUGCAAUUAAUUCAACCAAGGCCAAGAAAGAGAGAAGAUGAGAGGGAAUGGUGGAUUUGUGUUGACAGGUUUUUGAAAAGGUGUUGUCAUUUUGGAAAUAGAGUAUUCUGCAAGUUGGGCUCUGGCUGGAAGAGAAUCGGUGCUAAGAGCUUUUAAGGUCCUACAAAAGAAAAACAGGUUUUCUUUGCCCUGCAAUGAAGGUGGCCUGAGAACGAAGCUUCUCUCUUUUGGGGGACGAUAGAUACAUCGACUUUUACAAGGAAACCUCUGUCUCUUCAGCAGUGAUGUCCAGCAUGUGCUGCCCAGUGAUACAAAAGGAAAUAGUCAUU